UUUGUAUCUGGAGUCUGUUUUUUUAUUUACUGUCAGCAUUUGUAAUUGGUAGUAUCAAGUGAUCAUGUGUUAUCAUGACCUAAUUUGCUUAUAAUUAAUUUGGGCAGUUAAUUAUGCCACAUUUUAAACACUUUAAAACUGUCUGAUCAGUGACGUUAGGCCUAAGAACUGAUUAUGUAAUUAAGUUGUCUGAUAGUUGUGUUGUUUAUGGAUCAUUACCUACACAGCCAUUUCGUAGCAUUGUGAGAUUCAAGAAAAAGCGUUCAAUUUGAACGAAAAGCUGAAGAAGAGAUGUCUGCUCCAGCUAGCUUGGCAGGCGCGUAGUCACAUGUUGGCAUCGGCCUGUCCCGAUCACAGGUCUACCCAAUCAAAUGGCAGACAAAAAAUGUUAUAUUGUAUUUUGGCCAAUUAAAACUCUGGAACAUGGAAAAAAAAGUUACUGCGCGCUCGUAAAUUAGUAAUCUAAAUGAAGGACAUUCCGAGUUAGUUUGUGAAUCAUUACCUCCUCCGCAAUAAAGCCAGUCUGCAAAGAUGGCAGUACCAGGAGCAGACAGGGCAGCUGCCAGUCUGCAGGGAUGGCAGUACCAGGAGCAGAUAGGGCAGCUGCCAGUCUGCAGGGUUGGCAGUGCCAGGAGCAGACAGGGCAGCUGCCAGUCUGCAGGGAUGGCAGUGCCAGGAGCAGACAGGGCAGCUGCCAGUCUGUCUCUUAAAUAUUCUCCGGGCAGCUGGUCGUCAGGUUGGUAGAGAUGGCUCUCACCCUCCCCCUCAUGGUUGACCCCCUCCACAUCUGGCUCCACCAUGUCCCCAUUGCUGCUGAUGCAGAGGUUGUGAGGGAAGGCACAUGUGGACACGACCACCGGCACAAAGGUACACUUAAGCUGGGACCUCAGUACAGUUUUACUUAACUGUGUGAUUUAAAAUAAUUUUAAUCCUUGUUAGUUUGAAUGUUACUGUACUUCUAAGUUUCGUAAAUGGCUCGUUUAUGAAUCAAGUACUGCAUCUAUGCAUUGUGCUGUCUGUCGGCUUCACACCGGUGAAAAACAUAAACAUAACUGCGCAUGCGCUUUCUGUAAGCUAUCGUAAUCCUUGUUUUGCAAUGCUGUUUGAAAAAAAAAAAACAAUUCUGGAAUGGCUGGUAGAAUUUGAUUAAAACAAUCUGAUUGGCCUACAGUCUGGAGUGACCUCACUACGAGUUGUAUCUAGCCAAUGGGAUGGAGUCCUGGGCUCCUGUGAUGUCACUGUGACUGCGGACCAUGUGACGCCUGGUGACCUAUCAGUCCAGCUGGUGGGAGGACUUAGUCUGUCAGUCACCGCAAACCCAACCCACCCCUCCGUAGUCACGGCAACGGCUAUGGCUCACAACAUUCUGUACAGCCAUGGGCAGGAAGCUGCCUUCAGCAUUUGGCUCCAGUUCAGCGAUGAAACGGCCACGCUGGUCUCCGCCUUCGACCCCGCCCCCUAUUCCCUGCGGCUGUCCUCAUUGGCUGACACUGUGGUCACAGUGACGCCCGGGCCAACCCAGCGAGUGGUUGCCCAGGGCGAUGGGGGUGGACCUUUGCUGAGGGCAGAGCUACUGGUCUCCACCUGUCCAGCUCAGAAGCAAGCAGCCAAUGAGAGAGGAGGAGGAGGAGGAGGAGGGGGAGGGAUUAAGAGGCUAGCCAGUGGCUCUGGUUGGGUGCGGGUCAAGCUGGACUGGGAGCUCCACCCUGACAGCAGCGAGGAGCCCGGGUUCCAGGUGCUGGAAAUCUCUCAGGUGUUUCCGGACUCCGAGAGUGAGCUGUAUGAACCGAGCAAUUCCUCCAGAGGCUACGGCCAGGACAGGGAGGAGGAUGACGAAGAUGAAGGUGUCGAUGGUGGCAGGGAUAGCAGCCUGGGGGCAGGCACCAGGACCCACCUGGAGAGAGCGGUCCUUACGCCCAGCCACGAUGGGGGCGGGGUGUACCUGCACCCCAGCAAAGACACGGGGGGCGGGGGGGAGAGGGAGCUGGAGGUGGGAGUGGGAGUGGGGGCCAUGCUCUCCCUCUCAUGCCUCUCCGCACUCCUCUUCCUGGCAAAUUUUCUCCCCUGUGCCCUGUGGAAGAGAGGGAAGAGGAGGAGGAGGAGGGAGAGAGGAGGCCAGGGGCCGGAGGAGGAAAAGCACAGAGAGAAAGCAGGGGAUGGUGAGAAAGGAGGAAAGGAAACAGAGGAGCGCAUGAGGAGUGGACUUGGCUAGCCGUCACACAGACACCUGUCUGAUGCAGGACCUCACUGUAACUGUGGCUCUGUAAACCUGCCCAUGUCUACCUCUACAUUUACCACACACCCUACUGUACACCCCAACACUCAGCUCUGGGAGUUGUAGUCUUCAAUUAAUCCUAAACCCCCUAGACACUCAGCUCUGGGAGUUGUAGUGUUCAAUUAAUCCUACACCAC